AUGCUUGCAUGGCUAAACAUUGGCUUUUGUAAACCUGGUGGCGGUCAGCUAAAUUUGGCCUUGCACAAGCAGUCCUCCCAAACAAGUACAUGGUCGUCAGGAAGAGCACAGGCAAGCUCAGCCGUGGAUGGCAUCAGGACGGGGGAGUAUUACAGCUGUGAUUCAUGUACUCAUACACACGCAGAGAAUAAUCCCUGGUGGAUGGUUGAUCUUGGACAGCAUUUUCUGAUAAAUGAAGUGGUUAUUUCGAACAGAAAUGGCAUUAACAGCCGUCGUCUUCGAAACUUCAAAAUUGAAAUUUCCGAACAUGGAUCUUUGAAUGGAACAAUGGUGAAUCCGAUCUUGUGCGCUGAAAGAUCCGAUCCUCAGCCGGGGGGAUCAACAGUUUCCUACCCUUGUACUAGUGGCGCUGUACAGGGCAGAUACCUCCAAAUAAGGCUGAUGUAUUAUGAAAUUCUGACCCUAUGCGAAGUUCAAGUAUUUGGGCCUUAUUACGGUAUGAAUUUCCCAUAA